AUGGAAAUGCUAAGAACCCUAAGCACGAGGAGAAUAAACCGUCCUGGUGCAUACGAUCGUGUAAGCGAUGAGUCAACGUUUAGUUUACUCGGAGCAAAGUUGAAGAGGUCAACUAGCGUUCCGUACUACGCACCCUCGAUUAGGCUUGGUGGAGGAAAUCCGGCGAUUUUGGAAGAGCUUCCACGCCAGAAGUCAAAGAAAACGGCGGUGACCGGAAAGUUUAGCCACCCAAUAUUUAGUUUAUUCGACGGUCGCCGCCGCAACAACAAGAAGAAAGCGACGGCGAAACCAGAGUUUUCUAGGUAUGCUGAGUACCUCAGGGAAGGUGGUAUGUGGGACUCGAGAUCUAAUGCUCCUAUUAUCUACUUCAAGUAG